UGCUUCGAUCACGACAGCACAGAGCCGACACAUCCGACCAGUCGGUGCCAUGGGACUUGCAGAGCUCUGGUUGGCAGGCGGUACAUUGUUCAGGCCAUCUACACUGCCGAAGGUUUCCUUCCAGAAUCUUGAAGGAGACUAUCAUGUUAGCCAAAAUGGUUACUGGGACCAGAAUGGCCAGUGGAUUGCUGAGGCUGAGAGAGAAGCGCAGGCUGAUGCAGUGAGUGAGGCUGAGAACACCCGCCAUGAGAUGGCUUUGGAGGAUCCCGCCUCGGUGGUGGAGAUUGCCAGCAAGAAGGCCGGGAAGGCCAUCCAGCGUGCAGAAAGCAAUGCGGCGGAUGCCCAGGCCACACAAUCUGUGGAGACCUCCUGCGCUCGGCCUGUCGCGUUCGUCCCCUGUACCACUGAGGUCUUGCACAUGAGACUGCGCAGCCAAAAAGCCGCUGAUUUGGUCGGGAAUGUGAAGCAUGCAUUGACCGACUUGAUGAGAAGACGGAACACGUUGAAGCUCAAGAGAGAGCUCUCCAAGAUGGACCACUACUGGCAAGUGCUGAAGGAGUGCGACUCGGAGAAAACUCCUGAUUGUCACCAGAUGGUUCGAAAGGCUCUGCAAGGAAUUGCGCAUGAUGCAACAGAGGCUGCCAAGGCUGCUGAGGACUUGACAGCCCUUGGUCAUGUGGUGAAGCGCCGAACUUAUCCCAUUCUGGACCUGCUUCGCAUGGGAAUUGGCCCUGCACCAGACCAGCUAGAUGCCUUGGAUGCUCCGAAUCCACCCGAUUUCGUGCCAGCCCCAGGCCCAGUUCCUGGCACUGCCGGUGGUUGUGAUUGUGCUCCACACUCCCACUGUGCAGGCCGAGGAAGAGAGUUCCCCUGGUGCAAAGUCAACCGGACAGAGCCCUGUGCCUUGCUGUCUCAGCCAUCCUUUGUGGAUGCCUCGGGAGCCGAUCACCGUGUGGCCGGAUCUGGGCAGCCUCCCGCGGUGUGGGACUAUUGUGCUCCGGUCUCCGAGAACUCGGAGACGGUGCAUGCGGGGGGCCAUUGCGAGAGGCGCGACGACAUCGUGACAAAGUAUCAUGAUGAUCCGGACUUUUGGAGCAAAGAUGGACGUUUCAAUUGGAACCAAGUGCCGCGGAAGGAUCGCAUGACCUUGGAGGCCAUGACGGCUCCCAAAGAGGGCCAUGGCCUUUGCGUUCGAACGCCUUCCAGUGGUGCUCACUUCGUGUGCCCAACAGCACAAGACGAUUUGGACGAAGCCAAUCCGGAGGGGACGGAAUGGGCGCGAACUCGGACCUGGGACUUUUGUGUUCCGGCAGCUCCAGCUGACAAGAUACAAGCUUUGCAAGAACUCCAGCAUGAAGAGGAGGCCAACAGCCCGGGAGUUCAGAUGCAGGCCGAGCACUUCCGGAAGCCCUUCGAGAAGGACCCAGCAGCCGAAAACAAGGACUUGGCGCUACAGCACGAAGGUGACCAUGGUCAAAACGGCUAUGGUCGCUACGGUGGCUAUGCUCCCAUGCAGCAAGGUUUGGAUCCCAUUUCUUUGGUAUUUCUGGAGGCUUCGCUCCAUUCAAAGAAACAAUUCCAUCGAACAUACGAAACAUUUCUUUAG